GGCAAAACUUUUCUGAUAGAAGAAAAGUAUUGACAUUGAGUUUGUAAUUUAUGAUUUUUCUUUUUAUCAAUUACUAUUCGAAAAAAAAAUUAAAUGCCUUUCAAACCGCUCGUUUUGCUAAAUAACUAGUGUUGAUUUAGAGCAGUAAACGUGAUCAUUUAUGGUACGUCCAAAACCGCAUAGCGGAUCUCGGGAGAAAUUUUAGGCACGAGGCUCAUGAUGAUUGAUGAUUUCUGGGAUUAGUUUGGGGAUUGUGGUGACCUAUUUCUGGAGCCAAAAGAGUAUAAAGGGAACUGCCAGCUGGCGAUUCCUGUUAGUCGUCUCAAGUUUCAGUGAUAUUCGGUACUUAAGGGAUUUUCGCUAGUCUGACGGACGGAAAUAUGAAGUGGAUUUUGCCAGCUGUGGUGCUGGCUUUGAGUGCCAUUAGUGGAGUACAGUGUAGUUUUGGACUCGAUAUAAACCUUCCAAUAUCAACGCAGUCUAUUACGCAAGCAAUUGGAUCCGGCAUUACUUCGGUUGUGAAAGCGAACGGAACGUUGAAGGCUUCCGCGGAAGUGGACACCAGUGGAACUGUACAGAACUUAAUAUACAUCGCGAAUAAUGUGACUUCCCCGAUGAAUCAGCUUCUUGGUGGUGUUUUAUCUGUAACUACUGCGAGGAGUGGCGACGUUUCGACGCUGUUUGAUAAAGUUUCUAUGCUGUUUUCAAGUACAUCAUCGGCAAUCGAUAAGGCUUCAGCCGCAGUAAGCAACCUGGAAGGACUUACGAAGGCAACCUUAAUCCAAGGACUUGGGGAUAACCUGACAUCGCUAUCAAAGAGUCUAACAAAUCUAUCCAGUGGUUGGCAAAACCUCACGGAGGCUGCCAAAAAUGCAGCGAGUUCGCCGACUCCGCUGACCUUGAUGAACAUCGGAACCUACAUCAACGCUAGCAUCUUAGCAAAUGUCACAACUCCACUUAAAGCGGCACACAGCUCUAUUGAUACUAUAGCAACAUUCAUUACCACUAUCGGAACAGAAAGAACGCAGGCCUUAAAUCUCGAAGCAAGGGUGAAUACAAGUAUCAACGAUGGUCUUCGGAACAUUGCAAACGCCGAAAUGAACUUCAACCGCACCAUCGCGGAUGUUUUCCAACGAAUUGGCGUUGCUCAAAUCAACACUUUCAAAAAUAUCAACCAAACUUAUGCGCCCAUUUUUGCAAAGGUAGAUCAGUACAACGGCGGAAACGUUACCAACAUGACCCAAUUCCUCGCGGAUCUGGCAGCUGCCAACGUCAGCCUCACCCAGUUCAUCGAACUAAGCUCGAACUACAGUACGGAACAGAUCUACACCGUACUGCGCGACCAAAUCACGGUCCUCUCCGAAACUCUGCUCAACAUAACGGCCAACAUAACCAACCUGGGCAUCACCAACACCAGCCAGUUUGCAACGCAGUGCACCCAGCGGUACGUGCAGCAAAUUCAGCAGCUUCGCAUCCGAAACCUGGAAAACUGCAUCUCAUCCGAGCUGAACAGCUUCCGGCCUACGCUAACGUUCGUCAACUUCCAACUGGACCUGAUCAAAAACGCCGCUAACGCUCCCUUCACUCAAAUCACGCGAACUUGCCAACGCGGCAAUGGUCAAUGUGCAAGCGCGCUUUUCGCCGCAUUCCCGGAUCACUCGACCAGGAUCCAGAACAAGAUUUCCGUUGUAGCCGGUGGCGUUAGUAACGACGAGCACAUCGUGACUGGGCGAAUCCGUGACUGUAUCAUUGCACAUUCCCAGAAUCAGCGGUUGGUUUGGCUCCAGAAGCAACCAACCUUGUGGCUCGAUAUCUCGCCGAGUUUAGAAGAAUGCAGCUCAGUGCAAAAUCUGCAGAACCCCUCGACUUGCAGCCGAGAAACUCCUCUUAUCGACAGCACGUGA